AUGGCUGACGUGUUGUCUAAACGUGCAGACAGGACCUUAAACAUUCCUGAGUUUUUAGUGCAUUACCUGUUGGAGGUAUCUGCUAACUCAUUCCACCCUGCUGAUAACCCUUCCGGCAUAGUGAACCUUGGUACAAUUGAAAAUAAAACCUGUGAAGACAUAUGGCUGAAAAAGGUGGAGGAUUUGACCCCUUUGAUUGCCGAUAAAUCCUCACUGUAUUAUUACAAUUUAUCUGGCUUUGAAACGCUUCGUCAAAAUAUUGGCAAGUUUUUAGGAACCAAAUUGAAACUCCCGGAGCCUCUUGAUCCACAAAAGAUAGUUCUUCUUGAUGGAGUGACAGCUGUUCUUAAUGCAGUAGCGUUAGCGAUCGCGGAUGAGGGUGAUGCCAUACUAUGCCCGAUACCGACCUAUGGACGUAUACUUAAUGACAUAGAGGAAGUGGCCAGCGCCCGAUUCUACAAAGUACCGAUGUUUCAGGAAUGUGACACUGGUGAUGCAGCUGAGUUCCGAAUUGAUGUAAUUGAAAAAUAUUAUGAAAAAGCUGUUAACGAGGGUCGCAAUGUGAAAGGACUUAUCCUGUGUAACCCCCAAAACCCGACAGGAAAAGUUUACAGCCAAAAUGAUAUAUCCUGUCUGCUGGACUUUUGUGCAAGGAAAGGGAUCCACAUUGUUGUUGAUGAAAUCUACGCACUGUCUUGUUAUGACAAACCAGAAUUCAUAAGCGUGCUUCAGUGCAAUAUCCCUGAUCCCGCUCGUACCCACUUCCUGUGGGGGUUCAGUAAGGACCUGUCACUCUCAGGCUUUAGGUGUGGAAUGAUAUACAGUGAAAGCACCCGGCUAAUAGAUUACAUUCGUAAGGUAUCGUUCUUCUGCUCAGUGCCUGCCCCCGUUCAAAUCAUCUUAAAUGCCAUCAUUUCUGACUCCGAAUGGCUAGAUACAGUUUACUUUCCAACGUACCAAAAACGUAUGCGGGAAAACUUUGAAAUCGCAUGUAGGGGUUUAGAAGCCAUUGGGGUUCCAUUUUACAGAGGAACCGCCGGAAGUUACAUCUGGAUGGAUCUAACAAAGUUUUUACCCAGCAAGACUAAUGAAGAGGAACUAGCCUUAUUCCAUAAGUUACUCCUGGGCGGAGUUUACCUAUGUCCAGGCAAAGAAAUGUUCUCCCCUUACGCGGGCUGGUUUCGUUUUACCUUCACAACGUACAAAGACCACGUGAUAGAGGGUUUGAAGAGGAUGGAAAAGGUCCUGACAAGUAAUUGA